AUGGCUGAGUUACGUCCUUCAGCGCCCGGGCGCAGCAUAUCAGCCCACGCGUUUGAAAGCAAACUCAGCCAGCAAUUAUCACAACCCCUUUCACCUGAUCUGGAACAUUCUGAGUCGUCGCGCUCACCACACUCACCCAAAUCGCGUUCACUUUCCGAUGCGUCGAAACCUACAUCUUCCACUCAACCAUCCACUGGCGAUUUGAGUCGGCCACCAAGCAAAGACGAACAUGCGACUCCCGCACUUCCCGCAACUCCCCGACGAUCAAGCCUGCCUCAUUCAAAUCUAUCGCUGAACCUGCCUUCCAAACCCGCGGUGUCGCCAACACUCACCAGUCGUGUUCCCCUCUCUCCCAAACUCGACCCAUCCCAUACCUACGGAUCGCCAGGAUCCGUGCUCCCCCGUCGAUCACGAGGUCUCGAUUUCUCUCGCGCAUGUACAAACCUCCACCAUUCCACCCUCGCCGAAUCCUCCCCAGACUCAUCUCCAACCGUUGGGGGGCGAGGCAUGGCAAUACCGCAGCGGUACGGUUCGCCGGGCGCGACCUCAAACGCGCCAUUCUCGACAUCUGGACCGGUAGAGCGCACGGCCAUCUCAAGCUCCAUGUCCAGUGUUAAUAUGAUGGAGUCGGAUACCAGCAGUAGCGAGGAUGAAGACGAGACAAUGGGGGAUCGUGACGACAUGAUGCUUAACACACCCCAAGCGACUCGCAUGCACGCGCCAAGUCCUUUCGCGGGCAAUAUGCAAAGUCCAGGGAACGAGUGGAUGGGGGGCUACUCGCAGGCCGCUGCUAGCCUGAUGAGCUUCCAACGUGCGCGCUUCCGUAAAGGCCGCAGUCGCCACAGCUCUAGCAGUGCAAGUGGGAAUAGCUCGAAGCCCAGCCCUACUCCUCAUUCUCCGCCCAUUCUGAAAAGUGUCGAGCAUCCCACCGGCGGUUACUUUGCGCCGCGGCCAAACGUAAAUGCACGGAGAGAGAGCAUCAGCUUCAGCACCCGUGACCUACGUCUGUCCGAUAUGAGUGACGAUGGCGAGAGCCGCAACACGCGGAGUGGUAGUCCCAUCCCUAAACAAAAUUCGGAGAGUGGCGGUGGACCAUGGGGGGUUAUCCGCCGUGCAGUGACCCGGCGUGGAAGUUUACUGCCUAAAACCAAAACGUUCGCGCGAAUCCGUGCGGCGCUCAUGGAGGAAGGCGCUCCGGUGGACAGUGAUAUGAAACGUGAGGCAGAAGUUGUCCGGCAGGUCCGCGACACGGAGCCUGAACCAACCCCUGCCCUGGGUGAAUUCCCAUCUCUUCAACCGUCUACCUCAUACGAUUCCACGCCAACAGACGAGACUGCAACUAAGUCAAUGGAAACCCCGUCCAAAGACAGUUUCCACAAACAAGCAAGUCGCAACUCGGGUGGCGUUGAGUUCUGGAACUCGUUCGAUGGGCGCUACCGAACUCCCCCGCCCGCGCGUCAGGGAGGACCCCCUUCAGUGGCCGAUGAUGAUAUGUCCAUGGACAUGACUCCAUCUACGACGAUCGGAUCCGUGACAGCAGAUUCAUCCAAGCCCCGUUCCCGUUCAUGCACCCCUCAUGCUCCCGGUAUGGUGAGCAUGGGAGAGAUCUGUCGAAAGCGACGUCGCGACGAUGACUUUGAUCCGAACCUCUUCAAGCGCAGGGCUGUGUCACCUAGCGUCAGUUCUCAGAGCAGUCCGGUGAUGACCCAUUCCCACCACGUCAGUGACACGGGUCCCAAUAUCUGGGGCCCACCUCCGAAGCCGGGUCUUGGUGCACCGUUCUCAGAACGAUCGAGUAUCGACUCUGGUCCUCGGGCUACUCCGCACGGGGGAACCAAACGCGUCGGCUUGCAAGGAAUGACCGAGGCCAGCGAUGGCUUCAUGAACAUGAGCAUUGAUUGA